AUGGGUAGCUGCUUGACCGUAGGACCGAAUGAAGCCCUCGUUGUGUCAGGUGGCUGUAGUGGUUCAGAUGAGAAGACCUAUGUGGUGGGCGGAUGGGCCUGGGCAUGGUGGUUCCUGUCGGACACACAAAGAAUCACACUGGAGAUUAUGACUUUACAACCUAAGUGUGAAGGUGUGGAAACGGCUGAAGGAGUCGCCAUUACAGUCACCGGGGUGGCUCAGGUGAAGGUUAUGACUGACCAGGACUUGCUGGCUAUUGCUUGUGAGCAGUUUUUGGGGAAAUCCGUGAUGGAAAUCAAGGCUGUGGUCCUACAAACCCUGGAAGGGCAUUUACGCUCAAUUUUAGGCACACUGACAGUAGAGCAGAUCUACCAGGACAGGGACCAGUUUGCCCAGCUGGUGCGUGAGGUGGCCGCCCCUGACGUGGGCCGAAUGGGCAUCGAGAUCCUCAGCUUCACUAUUAAAGACGUGUACGAUAAACUGGACUAUUUGAGCUCUCUGGGGAAAACGCAGACGGCCGCUGUGCAGAGGGAUGCAGCCAUUGGCGUGGCUGAGGCAGAAAGAGAUGCCGGGAUAAAAGAAGCAGAGUGCAAGAAAGAAAUGAUGGAUGUCACAUUCUUGGCUGACACCAGAAUGGCAGACUCCAAGCGACAGUUGGAGCUACAGAAAGCUGCCUUCAACCAGGAAGUGAACACCAAGAAAGCAGAGGCCCAGCUGGCUUAUGAGCUGCAAGCAGCUAAGGAGCAGCAGAAGAUCCGUCUGGAGGAGGUCGAGAUUGAAGUGGUGCAGAGGAAGAAGCAAAUCGUCAUUGAGGAGAAAGAGAUCGAUAGGACAGAGAAGGAGCUGGUUGCUACAGUCAAACGGCCCGCCGAGGCUGAAGCUUACAAGAUGGAGCAGCUGGCUGAGGGCCAGAAGAUGAAGAAGGUGCUGACUGCGCAGGCCGAGGCAGAGAAAAUUCGGAAGGUCGGGGAGGCGGAGGCCAGAUCUAUUGAGGCGGUGGGCAAAGCCGAGGCAGAGAGGAUGAGGCUGAAGGCGGAAGCUUACCAGCAGUACGGAGAGGCUGCCAAGACUGCUCUGGUUCUGGAAGCGCUGCCAAAGAUUGCUGGCAAGGUUUCUGCCCCUCUGUCCAGGACCAAUGAGAUUGUGAUACUGAGUGGAGAAGGCAGCCGGGUGACGGGUGAAGUGAAUCGUCUGCUGGCUGAGCUGCCUGUGUCUGUCAACGCGCUCACAGGCGUGGAUCUGUCCAAGAUCCCUCUGCUGCAGAAGAUGACCAAUGCUGAAGCUUGAGACAAAUCAGUUCUCUUUUCCUGCCGGUAUGUUUUAUGCACUCACUAAGAAUGCCUUCGGAACACUUGAACUUAUUUAAGAAGAAAAAAAACAAAAAAAGUAAGUUAAAAAGAAGAAAACAAGUGGAUUUUUUAUACCUCUGGUGCCUUAAUAUUUUAUAGGACCAGAAUAUUUGCAUGUACUGCUGCUCCUCCUGUACUGUUCAUGGUUGAGUUUAUUUUUUACUUUCAGUUAUGAAUGAAUGGACAUAUUACGGUGCGUCUUGGAAGAUACUGACAUACAAUCUUUUUUUUUCACUUUGGCGUUGUAUUUUAUAAGCAUGUGAACCCAUCGUCAUAUUUCCAAAGUCAUGCUUUUUGCUUGAUUAUGUCUGUGACACUACAUAAACACUACAAUAUCUGUUAAAACUGUGAGUUAGCUUUAGAUUACAAUUACUAUUGUUACCGUCCACUACAAGUUAUAGGACUGUUUUUCUGGUAAACACUAGCUGCCGAUGUUGUAAAAUAACGGGCAGUUUCCUGGACAGGGAUUAACCCCAUUCAGAAUGCUGGUGUCCAGGACUUUAAUCCUUGUCUAGGAAACUGACUCAGCGCUGACAACUCUUGCCGUUAUUCAGGAAAUAUGGAAAUCGCUAUUCACACGGAAGGAUCUAUAGUAGCGUGUAGCAUUUUAGGGCAGUGAAUUCUCUGGUGAUAACAUUGCCUUAUGGGUAAUUUCCAUUGUCCUCUUAGAUCAACCAAGUGCUACUUUCAUGUGAUGCAUGAUUACUUUCAGCUUUUAUAGGUAGGUGGAUAAACAAACAAACAGACUUCAAAAACAAGGUCAGAUAUUUCUGCAUGGAAUUUUUUCAUAGUUCAUGCUCAUGUUUUUACCUGUU